ACACUGGCUGGGCCGGGGCCGGGGCCUGCAGGGGAGCUUCGGCGUUGGGGCCGCGAUCGGCGCCACUGUUUCUGUCUCUCUGUCUCAGGGCCUCGCUUCUCCCUGUACACGCACAAGCCUUCGACCAGCAGGCCAAACACCGAACCAGCAGCGGCUCGAAUCAUAUUAACGGGGUUACAGCCUUUCCGUGCCGAGUCCUCCUCAUCCCGGGCAGGAUUAAUCUCUGGGAGGGAAGGGAAGGGAAGGAGGGAGUGAGGGAGGGAGGGAGGCGGGACGUGUGUGUGUGCGAGAGAGCAGCUGCAGCAGGCCACUGCCCGCGGGAUAUUUCUUUCGGCAGCAAAGGGAGCACGAUGCCGGUUGGAGUUUGCUGAUGUUUCACCCGGUCACUCCCUGACCAACAACGUGUGGACCCCGGUAAUCGGCGAUUUCAGGUAUUCUGAAACCUGAGCUUGCAAUUCAUCUAAAACAAGAAGUUUGGGACAGAUUGUGAAAAGUAACAGCCUUGGCAACAAUCUCUCUGGGACUCCACUGUUUCAAUGCGUUGGUCUGGAACAUUUAAGUUAUUUAACGGAGACAGCAAAAAUGCAAGCGUGUUGCGUCACAGAAGUAGAAACCUGGGAUGGUAGCUGAGCGACUUCAUGUUGAGACCAGAGGCGAGGAGGCUCAGUACAUGAGUUGAUAAAUACUCAAAAUGGACAGCUACUUUAAAUCAGCAGUUUGUGACCUGGACAAACUACUUGAUGAAUUUGAACAAAAUCCAGAUGAAAACAAUUUUUGCAACGCUCCUGUAGGAGGGCCCAUAAGUUCAGACUAUCCAUCUCAUCAUUCAAAAUCAAAGUAUUCAGCAGAAUUGCCUGAAGCUCAGACUGCAGUCAACACAUUCUCAUUUGAUGCAUCUUAUAAUCUGGCUGGGGCUGAUUCAUUGUUGCCAUGUAACAUUGACGCUAAAGAAACUGUAGGCCAAUCUCAAAGAACUCUAACUGGACUGGAUUUAUUAUCCACUGUUGAUAACAGAUCAUCUGGUGAUACGGAACAGUUUAGUAACAGCAGAGGGAGUAGGCCGGUCUGUGACUUAAUUAGUGACACUGAGAGCGUGACUCAUGAAACAAAUGAUCACGAAGAUGAACUUGAAAUCAAAUCUAUUGAAGACCAGGUCAAUGGCUCCUUGUUAAUUGAUUUUAAUCAGUCUUCUCCACCAGUUCCUCAUGUUGGAGAAAUACAAUGCUCAGGAGAAGGGAGUUUUGGAAUCACAAGCUUGUUGGAGCUGGAUAUUUCUUUUCACAAUAGUACAGAAAAUGAACUGCAGAAACUGCAGAAUACAGAACAUUUCAAUGAGGGAAUAAAGACGCAUGAACAUUCAAUCCAGCGUGAGAAUUCUGAUGAGUUCAAAGAUGAAUCCCAAAAGGAAGAUGCAACACUUAAUGAAUUAUCCAAGUGUGAACAAAGAGAAGAGUUAUCGGUUGUUUCACAGCCAACCAAAGAAAUCGGUUCGGCAAUUGAAGAACCAAUUGGAUACAAUGAUUGCAAAAUAAAGGAACCAUCUGAGAAUGUGAAUUUGUCUAUGUAUACAGAUUUGCGUGGUGUGAGAACUGUGACUCCUUGUGAUUUAGGAGAUGUUGAAAGUGGAUUGGAAGUUGAAAAGGAAUUUUUAAAAGUCAGAUAUACAUGCAAUGCCUCAUCAACAAAAUAUGCUAACAAGGAAGAACGUCAAAAUAAUUCUACCAACUCUUUUUUGAAUUCACUUCCUGGAGCAGACUCUGCAAUAAACUCGGUAGAUUCAGAACAGGAUUCAGAGUCCAGACCACCUCAAAUAGAAUGUAAUGAAGCUGUAUACUGUGACUUGACCGAGUGCUCAGUUGUGAAUUCUGAUAAGUUGGACUCCGAAACACAGAAUCAACUGUCUCUUGUGGUUGAUGCCGAUCAGAAUUUGGGACAUAAUAGUAAUAUCUCUUUAAGGGAACAUGCAUGUUCUGGAGAUGAAGGAAAUAUUGAUCGAAAGCAUAAUAAUUAUCCAAAUGCAGAAUGGAUGCAACGGAAGAAACCUGUAAUAGUGUCAAACAGUUUUGCAGAAUCUAUGGAUAAACCAUUUGAAGAGAUACAGAAUAAUGUAAGUGACACAGAGACAGUUUUGACGUGUAAAGAGUUUGGAGCUGAGUUUACCUUUGAUGACGACAUUCAUAAAGAUGGAUAUGACAUAAAUGAUGUUUCAGUUAGUGAUGCUGAGCUUGAUGCAUUCUUAAUGGAGCAAAAUGUUCACUGUAGUUUAAAAGAAUCUGGUAUAGACCGGUCGGGUAAUAGUUUUUCAGACUUUGGUGCAGGCCAAAUUGAUCUGCUCAAGACACAUGAUUUUCCGAAUCUUCCCAAAGCUGCUGUCGCUGCUGAUGUAAGAAUUGAUCCUCGGGAGGAAGAAACUCCAGAAUUGGUUGAUCAUGCAAAAGAAUCUUUGAUAAUAAAUAUUCAAAGCACUCCAUCCACAGAGGAAAAUGCUUCAGUCAGCCAUCCUGUAAAUGAUGUACAGUUUGAGACCACUCAUAAACCAAUCCGAACCAAAGACAGUCAAUCAGUAUUCUCCACUGAAACUAAUCAGGUAGUUAACAAUACCCUUACUAAUCAAAUUAGCUUUGGAGGGGCUAGACCUAAACUCCUUAAUUCUCAAGCAAAAGUUAUACCAAAACAAGAUCAGAAUAAUCUAGUAGACAAUCUUGCGGUUGUUGGUGGCAGUUUAGAUCAAUGUGCAGUGGAUAUUGAUACAAAAGGAACUGUUUCUGAAACUGACCAAGGUGCAUCCAUUUCAAGCCCAACUUAUAAUUAUGUUCGUGGUACAGAAGAAGGGCUGCAAGUGCUUGGACCAUCAUACGAUUCUAUUGUGGGCGAUGAUUAUAUUGGAAAUGCAGAGGAAAAUACAUGUGCUGAUGAACAGUUGAUCACAGAAACAGCUGUGCUUGGACAGAACCACCCGCAGUGGAUACCAGAUUCUGAAGCUCCGAACUGUGCUCAUUGCCUGGUUAAGUUUAAGUUCACCAAGAGGAGACAUCAUUGCAGAGCAUGCGGAAAAGUUUUCUGUGCUGCCUGUUGUAAUCAAAAGAGUAAACUUCAAUACCUAGAAAACAAAGAAGCUCGAGUUUGUGUUAACUGUUAUAUUACCAUACAGAAAGCUCAAGCAUUUAAGACAAUGAUGAGUCCAACUGGUCCAAGCCCUAACCCUAAUAUUCCAUCAGAAUAUUGUUCCACUGUUCCACCUCUUCAACAAGCUCAGGCAUCUGGCACCCUCAACUCCCCUCCCCCCACUGUCAUGGUACCUGUUUCGGUACUAAAACACCCAAGAAACGAAAGCACAGGCACCUGUCCCAGAGAGCACAGAAGGGUUUGGUUUGCAGAUGGUAUUCUGCCAAAUGGAGAAGUGGCAGACUCAACAACAAUGACAGGAAGUUCACCAGUUGGCGUAGGCCGAGGAAUACCAGAAGAAGUUUGUAACACCACUCAAGAAACAAAAAUGCCUUCAAAUAAUACAGGAGAUAAAGUACUUUCGGAUCUUACAAGUCAAGUUGAUGCCGUGAAGACAGAUUCAGCUAUAACAGGUCCGGCAAGCGUUCAAGAUAUCAAGGCUGACAAUUCUCGAACAGACUACAGAGCACUGGCUGCUGUUGGGAAGUCUGUUCCAAAGAUUACAAGUCUCAUUCCGGAUGAUGAGCAUGGUCUACCUCCCAUUGUUGUAACAACAGGGGAGCAAGAAGUAGUGGUGGAGGAGCAUCCGACUCAGACCCAGGCAAUGAUGCUGCUCAAGGGUGCGGAGCCAAAUCCCCUGACCUUUGUGCUGAAUGCCAAUCUUAUCGUUAACGUGAAACUUGUGAAUUAUGCUGCAAAUAAAUGCUGGUGCUUUGUAUCUAAUGGAUUACAUGGUGUAGGCCAGGCAGAAGUUGUUAUUUUGUUGUCGUGUUCAUCUGAAGAAAAUGUAAUUCCCAAAGACAUCCUGAACUUUUAUCUCACACUGUAUCAGGAUGCAUCUAAAGGAAAAACCAUUGGUCAUUUGGGGAUAUUUUCCUUCACGGAAAGCUUUCUAGGUAGUAAAGAUCAUGGAGGUUUCCUGUUUGUUAUGCCUACUUUUCAGGUGCUAGCAAAUUUACUGAUUCCAAGCAGUCCAUUUUUGUUUGGAAUCCUUAUUCAGAAACUCGAAGUACCUUGGGCAAAGGUGUUUCCUAUUCGACUCAUGCUAAGAUUGGGAGCAGAAUACAAUGUUUAUCCGUGUCCUUUAAUGAGUUUUCGAUUCCGUAAAGCACUCUUUGGAGAAACGGGUCAUACCAUCAUGAAUUUGCUAGCAGAUCUUCGAAAUUAUCAAUAUACGUUGCCAACAAUUGAAGGUCUAGUGCUUCAUCUGGAGAUGGGGAAAAGUUCAAUUAAAAUCCCCAAGAGAAGAUACAGUGAGGUCAUGAAAGUAGUAACCUCUUCAAAUGAACAUGUGAUUACAAUGGGAACAUGCUUUAGCCUGGAUGCUGAUUCACACUUGGUCUGCAUUCAAAGUGAUGAUAAAACUUAUCAAACGCAUGCAAACACUAUUGCUGGCAAAUCCAGAAAAGUUACAGGGGCCUCUUUUGUGGUGUUUAAUGGAGCUCUGAAAACAACCUCAGGAUUUAUCGCUAAAUCCAGUUUAGUGGAAGAUGGACUUAUGGUACAGGUAACUCCAGAAACCAUGGAAGGAUUAAGACAUGCUCUAAAGGAAAAGAGAGAUUUUCAAAUAAUUUGUGGAAAAUUGGAUUCGGAUGACAAAAGAGAAUUUGUAAAUAUUCAAUGGGUAGAUGGUGACGAGCCAGUGAACAAAGGCAUUCUAAGUCCUCUUGAUGGACGGUCCAUGGAAAAUAUCCCUAGCAAUAAGAUCUUGCAGGAAAAUAAAUUUGAAACGGAUGGCAUUAUUGUUAAGUGCACUGAGGUAUUCUAUUUGCAAAGGAAUCAUGAUCCACAGAGUCCCACCAUUCCUGCUGUGCAGAUUCAACUGAGCAAGGAGAUUGCUACAGCGUGCUGUGCUGCUCUCUGCCCACAUCUGAAAGGCUUAAAAGAAAUUGGAAUAAAUAAACUCAGUCUCAGGGUCUCUCUAGAAACUGAUAAGGUCGAAUACCAAGCAGGGUCAAGAGGCCUGCUUCUUCCACAUCACUACAUGAAUGAUCUGGAUAGUGCAUUAAUUCCAGUUAUCCACAAUGGAAGUUCUUAUGCUAGCAGUGGUCCUCUGGAAAUGGAGUUAUUUUUCUUUAUUCUGGAACGUCUUAUCUGAAGAGGAAAGAAUGUAUAAAAUCCCUGGAGAUCCCAUCAGCCUGAAGUAGUGUUGAAAAUUGCACAAAACGUACAAAUUGUCUGCUCUGAAUUCUCUCAAGGAUGUGGGGCCUGUGUCUGCAACGUAAUGCCAUUUGGAAACCUGCGUGUGUUAGAUGGUACAAUCCACUUUGAGAAUUUCAGACAUGAAAUUCCCGGGCUCCGAAUGAUACGAAGAUCCAGCUGUUUUUGCCCCCAUUUUGGAUACUGCCACUACCACAAUCUUUUCAAAGUGAAAUAGAGACCAGAAGAGCAUCUGGUGCUAAUGUUAAAUCACAUCAAUAAUUUAAUGAUCAACUAAUGUACGUUAAGUUAUCAAUGCCAAGGUGUUGCUGAAUGUUGGCAGAAGACCGAGUAAUACGUUCACAGGUUAACUGAUUCAGCAGCGUUUUAAGACACUUUCAAUUAAAGCUAAAUUUUUUUUUAAUAUGUUGUGCAGUAACUGAGAAGGAGAGUGAAUUAUAAGUUAAAACAAUUUGGAUACAAUGGGACAUGCAUUGUGUGCACAAAUGUAUACUUUAAUUCUUAAUGCCUUCCAAAAUGUCUUGUAGCCAAAAAUAGAUGAAACACAAAGGAAACAAUGCAUUCCUAAAGAUUUGCACAAUGCUCAUUUUAUAAACUGAAGUUUGUGAAAGGAAAAUGUGUGACCACAAACAGAAUCUUGAUUCUAUUUUAAUAGGGCAGCUAAAUUUAUUAAAUAUUAUUUGAAAAUGUGAGGAGGAGCACAAGCAUGGACAGAUUUUUAAACAUUGCUCUCUGGAAGUUGUGAUGUUGGAGAGUUUAAAAGCCCUUUAAACAGUGAGUGUCCUAUAUCUGAAUUAUCCAAGUUCUGCUUAUGAUGUUACCAUUUUCACUUGCAAAGUAAUUAAAAGGUCAUGUGAUCAGUUACUAUUUGGCAAAUAUUAGUAAUUCAUUUGAGGCUGAUCUCUCUUUACUCUGUAAAACAUAAAACAAUGAUGCCCACUCUGCAAUAGAUAUCAAUGAAAGAAAAUAAAUCUGCCAGCAGUAUUACUUUUGAUGCAGUAGGUUUCUUUCUUGAGUAUGAACAAUUCAGGAAACCAUAUUAGGAAUGUUAUAUUCUCCGUCAGCAUAUUUUAUGCAUCUGAAAUUCCUUUGCGGGGAUCUGAACCAGUUCAAGAACUAAUUACGCUCUUUAAUAAACUUAGGGUACAGGAACUAUUUUUCCUAUAAAAGCAACAAAUAGAAAUGUUUUCAUAGACUUAUUUACACAAGAUUUACACCGAUAUAUUUGCACAAUAACAGUGACUUUAUAACUGAAAUUUAGAUUUUCAGGAAUGCUUCAAUCAUUGAUAAUAUUUCCUGCAUAAUUAUCUUUCUUACCAUUUUUUAAAUUUUUUAUAAAAUGUGGUAAAAAUUAUAAUUUCAAGUAAGAGUUAUGUAAGAAGCUAAAUCAACCUGCGCUUUGAGAUUGAUACAAGAAUUUUUUAAUGAAAAACAAUACAUGGGCACGUGGGUAUCGGAGCAGUACCUUUCAAUCUGUAAUUGCUGUUUUGCUACAGAUUGAAACAUGCAAUUUUUUCUACCAUAGGACAUGGAUCUAUUCUUAGUAGUUUUGAAAUGUGCUUAUUUACCUAAUUUCUAAUAGGUUUUGUAUUUAAUGACAUGUAUGUAGAAUCAUUAAUUCCUCUUUCUCCAAGUGUAGUACUUGGCUUUUUUACUGCCAAUACAUGACAAGGGAUAGGUUGGCACUCGUCAUUCGAACCCCUUCAGAAACAUGUGCUUGAAAGGAUAAACUAGAAAUUGUGCUGCACAUAUAUAUGCACCAGGCAGCACUAUUUUGUAACGUAUAACAAAGUCAAACUGCAGUCUCCUUAAAUGUUAAGGAUUUCAAAUGCAUUGAUCUCAAUCUUGUAAAUGGGAAAUUAUUAAUUUCCUCAUUUUUAUUUAUAUGUAACCUUGUAUAUUUAUGAUGAAAAUAAAAUUGCCUGAAAAUUAAACAAA